AUGGCCGAUAGAUUAACACAAUUACAAGAUACAAUAAAUCAACAAGCAGAGCAUUUCUGUAACAGUAUUGGGAUACUACAACAGUUUUCAACUCCAGGUAAAUUCCAUGGAUUCGAUCGCAGUGGUUCUCAAACUCCGCAGCAACAACAAAAUCAAGAGGACUAUGCUAUGCUGUUUGCUACUUUAAUAUCUAGGUGUGCCAAAGAUAUAGAUACAUUAAUUGAAUCACUACCAAGCGAGGAGAGCUCCACAGAGUUACAAGUGCAAAGUUUAAAGCGCCUGGAAUCAGAAAAUAAAGAAGCAGCAGAACAAUUAGAAGAAGUAGUCCGGCAAGGUGAGAGUUUAUUGGAAAAGGUGCAAGGAGCUUUAAGUGACAUAGCACAAAGUCAACUCGAUAUGCAAAACCCAUUGUUAAUCCUCAACAAAGAUGUUAAACCACAAUUA